AAGUUACGCCCACUACAGUCAGGACUCUGCUGCAGAAGCUCAUAUGAAUCAGGCAUAAGAAGUAUAGCGAUUGGGAUUUUAACCCGUUUUUAAUUAUAGACGCAAGGUUAAAGUAGUGAAUGCUGUAAUGUUCAAUAAUGUCAAAGCAGAUGGACUAUUAUGAAGAAACACUGGAGCGGUCAUUAACUUUGAACAAGUUGGGUAUCGUCAGGAAAUAAAACUCAAUUAAUAGGAUACAUAUUUUCAAUCACAACCCAUGCUAUUCGCCGAGGAUCUACGUACGUUAUAAGAAACGGAAUCCUGGCCAAUAAGAAUGUAUCCACUACACAGAGAAAGGGAACAGGCCAUUUUUAGCACCAGGGCACAUGUCUUCCAAAUCGAUCCAACCACCAAGCGCAACUGGAUACCUGCCAGCAAGCACGCUGUCACUGUGUCAUUUUUCUACGAUGCCAACAGACACGUGUAUCGCAUUAUCAGUGUUGGUGGAACAAAGGCUAUUAUCAACAGCACCAUCUCACCUAACAUGACUUUCACUAAGACAUCACAGAAAUUUGGACAAUGGGCUGAUAGUAGAGCCAACACAGUGUAUGGGCUGGGUUUCUCUACAGAGCAACAGCUGCACCAAUUUGCGGAAAAGUUCAAGGAAGUAAAGGAAGCUGCACGCCUUGCUCGGGAAAAAUCUCAAGACAAGAUUGAGCUGACGAAUGCUGCCCUGAACAUUGCUGCACCACAGGACCUGUCUGAAGACUUGCAGUCACCGCCAAUGUGCAUCAACGGCCCUGGAGAGGAGAAGCUAUUUCGCAGUCAAAGUGCAGACAUUACCUUGUCAUCCGAGAAGGAACGAAUCAAAAAGAUGCUCUCUGAAGGGUCAAUCUGUGAGAUUAGUCUGGAGGCAGAGCUGUUUACCUUGCAAGACAGCAAUGCAAAGCUAGUAGCCGCACUGCAUGAGGCCAAUAACAAUGUAGAGCAGUGGAAGAAGCAGCUGGCAGCCUACCAAGAAGAAACUGAGCGGCUGCGGGACCAGCUGGCAGAUCUAGAAGCCCAUGGAAGCAGCCACGGUCCAAGUGACUUACUAAAGGAUGAGCUCACUCAGUCACUAGAGGAACUAGAAGCUCUCCUGAAGGCAAAAGAUGAGGAAAUUCAUAUUCUGCAGAAGAAGUCAAACUACCAUGAGCUAGAGCAAGAAAGACUGGAGGCUAUCCAUAGGCUGCAGGAGAUGGAGAUGCGGAACAUAGAGCUGGAGCGGCAGGUGCAGAAUGCUGAGCAAACUCUAGCCUCUUCCCUCGAGGACAGGGACCGGACUGAAAGUGAGAUGCAAAGGGUCAUUGACAUCUUGGAUGUCAAGAUCUUUGAUUUGAAUGACUUAAGGCAAAGCCUAGUAAAACUGAUUGAUAAGUAGAUCAGGUAGAAUGUCAUCUACUGGCUACUAUAUACAAUGCUGGUAAGCGGGGAGAGGUGGCUCAGAUCAUCCCAACCAGAAGUGAUAUUUUACCAAUGAAGGAAGAGAGCCCUGACACAGCCUGUAGAAUUACACUCAUAAUUUUCAAUUCUUUUAUUGUUUUCUGUUUUGGUAUAGUUUUCACAGGAAAAUAUUGAUUUACUAAAGUGCUUUGCAGUAUGUUUGAAUUAGCAUUACAGUUAGCAUCAGCACUGUCUGUUAUCUACGUAUGUAAAAGCUAUAACAUCAGUGUUAAAAUUAACAAUGAUGAACAGGUACUGGGUUUUAGUUAUUUACUUAUAGUAUGAACUGUUUCAAAAAUGGGUAGUCAUAAUUUUUUUAUGAAAAUGUGUACAAACAAAAGGAAUGUUUUUAGAAUUUAAAACGCUUUUAGAACUGUUUAAAAGCACAGAGUGGUGUGUGAAACUCAAAUUUGCCAAUAGCAAAAGUGCCAUCAUUCUUACAGGUUUAGUACUUUUGUUCAUUAUAUUAUACUGUUUUAAUGUUCUUAAAAUUAAGCUAGAAACACAUGUCCAAACAUGUGAGCUCUCGUCUGGCUAUUACAUUUCUACCUGAACGGUGUGAUUGACCUGUCAAAAUUCAGGAUAUAUUAAAUUUUUAGAUGCACAUUUUAUCAAUUCAGACCAACGUAUAUGGUGAAAGAGGCAAAACAGCAAUACAUUCACAGUAUCAACUGUUGACAGACAACUGUUAUUGACAGAUAUACAUCUAUAGUAUCGACAUUACUUAACACAGCAUCAAUACAAGAGGUAGUGAAAAGUUUCUUUGUGAUCAUAGUGCACAUUGCAUAAUAGUUCUUUAGACACACCCAAGCAAAUAUGAAAUGAUAAAAAAAUUUGCAAUGAAUAUGUAACUUUGACCACACCCCAUUGGUAUUACAAAACAUAUUAUCAUUGAUCUUUGGACAAGUUAGCUUUGGUAACAUAAUGCAAAAUCAAGAAUAUUAUAUGCAAGUGAAGCUUCAGCAUGGACCUUAUUGUUUCAGUAAGCUCCCAAUCAGCAUUAUUCUGUUUUAUACCAGUACUUCCCAGAUUAGUUUUUGGAUUCAUGUGAAGCAAUAUAUUCUCAAAUGUGCUGUGCUUUAUGCUGAUUUAACAGGUUCAAGUGUUAAAUGUAAUACUGAAAUGUUGAAUAGAAAUAUUGUCAUAAGGGCUCUUGGUAAAAUUGCCUUUAAGGUUAUUAAUACAAAGAUUAGUGAAGUAAAAUCCAAUAAAUGUUCCAAGCAUUUGUUGACCAAACCAGGCAUAGGAUUAUUCCAAUUUGCUCACUUGUCAUUAUGUGGGGAUGCGCUCAUUUUAAUCUGGGUGAGGAAACCGAUUUCCUCCCAUAAUUUGUCAGGUGUGACAAAUGCAUGCUUCCUUUAUGCUGGCAUGGCUACAAAACAAUUUUUCUAUUCAACUGGACAUUGCUGCAUUUAACCUCUGGCCUCAAGACUUGGGAGGAACAUGCUUUAUAAGUCAUCAAAGAACAGUUAGCAAGUAUUUGGUUUAAUGGAACUGCCUCAGAAAGUCUAACUUUAUAGUAUAUUGCCAUUUUUGAAACUUGUUAUACUGAAAUGAUAUUUAUGCCAGAUACGUAGGUAGAUUUAUUAUAUUGUUCGUAAAUCUUUUGUGCAGCUAUUAAUAUUUGGCUCAGUCGAAUCAUUUUAGAGUAAUUAGUACACAGCAUAAUGUUGUAGGUUUCAAUCAUAACAAUGAUUGCUUACUCCAGCUGUAACUACAUUAAUAGCUGCAUGUGUUUUGUACUGAAGCAGCAAUAACAUGUGUAGGUGGAUAUAGUAUAUUUUGAAAGUAUAUUUUUGACUAUGUGAACAAAGGCUAGCAAUAAACAAUGCAAUCAUGUUUAUUGAUGAUAAAAAAAUAAAUAUUUUGGAAACGGCUCUUAUACUGUUAUAAACUUCUGCAAUGGGAAAUUGAGAUAAUCGGUUUUGCACUCUCUUUAAAGCAAACUAGGUCCGCAGGUUUAGGUGUAUGUUAUUAAUGUACUGUAUUGAGAUAUGUGGUUAUUAAUUGAAAAAUAAUUGAAUCUUUUGACGCUUUAGUAUUCACGUCAUUCACCUCAUGAAUAUAGUGAAAACUAACUUUUCAAAAUGACCAUUUCAGACUCUAAUUGUAGGAAUUAUUUCUUUGUGUGUGUAAUGAAAGUAGCUGUACACAGUGUUUUGUGAAUCAAAAUCCCCUUGUGAAAUGCUACAGUUUAACGUGAGGCUACAGGAACACCAGACCACCCUAUGUAUUAUAUUUAUUUUACAGAUUUUUUUUGAUCCAUGUUACAAUAAAGAAGCAAUAUGACUUUCAUUAUUAUUUCAUUUGUAUGCAAUAAAAUAUUCCAAUAAACUAAUGGCAAACGGUGUAUUAUGAUGUGAUUGAGUAUUUACGUGUUUUUGUUUGAGGGGAGUUGAAGUAAAUGAAACUGAAAGGUAUUUACUGUUUUAUAAUGAAAAUAUAUUAUUUUUGUGCUCAAUCAAAGAGUUGUUUAUAUAGGUAUGGUUGCUGCCAUUGAUGUGAGCCUGAUGUAGCCCA